GUGACGCUCUGCAAAGACCCGCCUACCAAAAAUGGAGGCAUUUCACACAUGUUGUCGGCUCAAAAACUGCAGCAUAAUGUGGAGUUUGUAUUCUGCAGAAAAACGUAACGGCAACAACGCCAGUUAAUGAAUAUAUAUUUAGGUCAAAUAUCGCUUGGUUUUGGUUAAUUUUCAAAACCUAAGCUUGAUUUUUUUUAGCUAACUAGCUAUUGUUGUUGUACAGUUUCCGGGAGUCACAUAGCUAGAUCGACCUGAAGUUCUGCCCAGUUUGCAUCCAGCUACCAAAAGACUUUCUGGGGAAAAUGAGUGGAACUGAGACUGUGACUGAAGAAUCUGGGUGGACCAAGGCAAACCUCCAGAAGCUUCUCGCUGCAAUGAAAACCAGCAUCCCAGAACAUGACAUAAUGAGCGCAUAUACCAAAGGACUGAAGAGUGUGGACUGGAAUGUGGUGGCUUUCCCCCCUUUCUCUCCUGAAGCAUGCCAAGAAAAGUGGAGAGAGAUUUUGCAGAAGAUGCGAAAGACUCGCACCCUCACAGAGCUCAUCAUUGAAGCUGAAGAUGUAAUUUCCAAUCCAGUCAAGAAUAUGAAGAUCCAUCCAGAGUUCCCAAAGAAACCCAGCCCUCCAAAUGCCAUUUUUUAUGAGGAGAACUGGGCCAAGUUUCAUGAGAAGCACCCAAAUAUGAGCCGCCGAAAGGUGUUCAGGCGCCUAAUCAAGAAGUACAAGGCACUCUCAGAUGAAGAGAAGGCUCAGUAUGUGGAGAAAUUCGAGCUUGCAACGGAGGGAUACAGGAAAAAGAUGCAGCAGUUCAGGAAACAAAACAAAUUACCUCCCUGCCGGGAGCCCAAAGCCUGCCAGAAGAGGAAGAGACUCUCUGCAGACACUCCCAAACAGGGCGAAGAGGGUACUAAAGUUGCAAAGGACCUGCCUCCCAAGCCUCCUUUCAAUGGUUAUAAUCUAUUCUGCAAAGAGCAACGUGCGUCCAUGACGGGUUUCUCUGGAAAUACCUACGUGAGUGUCUGGGCCCAACGUUGGCGAGAUUUGACUGAGAAACAGAGGGACGAGUACAGCACUCGCUGCAGAGAGUUGAAGAGACAGUACUCGGUCAUGCUGAAUAAAUAUCUAAUGACUUUUGAUAAGGAGGAGCAGCAGCGCAUCCUAAAUGAGAAUGGCAUCAAAAGACCUCAUGAGCAUAAGAGCAUUGUAAAAAAAGUUGCACGGAAACUUCCUGGCGAGCCCAAGAUGCCAUCUCGAUCUGGUAAUGUCAUUUUCUGCAAAAAUCAGAUGGAACUUCUGAAGGAGAAAAUCCCAAACUCAAAUGAGCGUUUCACCAAGGUCAACCAAAUGUGGCAUGCCCUCUCCGAUAGGGAGAAGGAACGCUACAAAGAGGAAGUAUGUAAAAAAGUUAAUAAAUACUCGAUGGAGCUGCAGAAGUGGUUUAAGACAUUGCCAGCAGCAGAGCAGGAAGCUUAUCGAAUACGUAACCCCAGUAAAUUGCAAUUCCUUAUUGUCAACCAAAUGAAAGAUGACAGAGAAGAACCAUGUGGAGCUGCGUACAGACCAUCAGAUUCAGAAGACGAAGAUAUUGAGGACAGCAGCAGUGACGAAGAAGAAGAGGACAAUUCGGACUGUUAUGCGGUCGAGGAGGAAGAAGACAACGAUGUCAUCAUGUUUAAGGUGUUUUAAAUGGAGAGGAGAUGGACAGCAGAAGCAGCACACACUCAUGUUAACCUCAGAGCUGGAAUCUUCAACUUGGUCUGUACAAAGCAGCACAUUUGAGAUGAUGGGCAGUCUCUCCAGUGGCUGUCUUUAAUGUCACAUUGUAUCGUGGCCAUUUUGGCUGAAAGGUUGCCAUCACCAGUACUCCUAUUUAUUGUGCCACAACCAAGGUUGGAUUACAAAGUGCCUGAGGACCCCAGACCCCCAGGGGCCACACAAAAAUCCCGGGUUUACAUACUAUGUGGCGAUUAGUUGGUUGUAAUGUGAACAAUUGUAAGACUGUUUGGGAAUAUGCACGACUAAAGCACAAUUUAGGGUUUAGGGCCUUGAAGUAUUACAUUUAGAAAAAACAAACACCCUUAUAUAUUAUAUACGGGUUUAACAAUCAAGUGAUUUAUUUUUUUUUUUUAAUCUGCUUCAAAGGAACUAAAACUGUAACUUUGGCAGAAAAUUGUGUGUUCAUGUAGGCUCCCAUAGUAAGAAGCUAAUUGAGAAUUACAUGUCUGGGUCCUUAAAGGUUAUUAUCAAAUUUUAAAGACUUGUGAAAAUAGGAUCCCUCUGCAAAGAUAAUGUUUCAAGACCAUCGUUAUUUCAUUUUACUUUGGUUGGUUGAUUGGUGAAAAAUGGAAGGAUUAUAGGGGCCCACAAGCGGAUUAAUCUGGCCUUUAUUGCAACAUAAUGCAUCUGAGCUAGUCUAUAAAUUAAGACACUUUAUUGUAUCAUUACUCUGCUAUUUUGUUCUACUUUUAAACAAUGACAACAUGUAUACAACUAUUUUAGAGAGAAAGCCUGACCAGGAGAUUUAACUGUCAGUGCUCAGAUUUGUCUGAUUUUAUAUGUGAUGGGGUCAAAAUGAUGUUUUUGUUUUAAUUGUGUGGAAAAACAAAAUAACUUACUUUGUCAAGCAUUGUUUUUUUAUUGAUAUAGACCCUUGCACAUGCUGUUGUUUGGAUGUCCCAGAAAGAAGAGAUAUUUCCAAUAAACUUGUUACAUGUUAAA